UGUGCUUGUUUUCCCUAGGCAGACGAGUCCGGAACAGGCCAGGGUCUGCGAACUCUCAGAUCGAGGGAUUGGGUGGUAGCUUGUGUGUCAGUGACGGUGCCGGCCCCCUUUGUGGGUGCGGCCUGCUGUACAGUGGGAGACCCUGAGGCUCUGCACACCUCUGACUCGCGUCAGCCACCUAGGUCUGGUUGUAAAGAAAGGCCGAGAGAGAAGUCAGAGGAGCCACACAAUGGAGUUCCCCUGAAAAAAGCCGGGACAUAGGUUCGAGAGGACCCGCUGUACAGGUCCAACUGGACACAAGAUGACCCCCCGCCCCGCCAUAGUGGGGUAUCUAGAGCUGCAGUCUCAGACGCGGGUGGCUGCAGACCUCCCUCCUCCCGCCCAGUUGCUUUCGUGUAUGCAGCUCUGGCCUCUGUAGACUCCGAUACUCCAGUAAAUGAACCCUGAGGAUACUGGCCAGUCCUUGGAACUCUGAAAUCAUGGCUCAUGAUUUGGUGAUGUUCAGAGAUGUGACUGUAGACUUUUCUCAAGAAGAGUGGGAAUGCCUGAACUCUUAUCAGAGAAAUUUGUACAGAGAUGUAGUUUUAGAGAACUACAGCAACUUGUUGUCACUGGGAUGUUCCAUUACUAAACCAGAUGUGAUUACCCUAUUGGAACAAGGGAAAGAGCCCUGGAUGAUUGUGCAGGAUGAGAAAAGAACAUGGAGCCUAGAUUGGGAAUCCAGGUAUGACACUAAAAAGUUAUUUGAAGAAAAUGAUAUUUAUGAAAUCAAUUUAUCUCAUUGGGAAAUAAUGGAAAGAAUCCAAAGUUGUAGGCUUGAAGACUCUUUUUUCAGAAAAGAUUGUGAAUAUAAAACGUUUAAGGGACAAGAGGAUUCUCACAAGGUAUACUUUAAGCAAGUGACAAAAAGUACCCCUGAAAAAAUAGCCACUUACAGAAAACUCUCAUCCUUUGCUUUAUAUCAAAAAAGUCGGAAUAGAGAAAAACCCUAUGAAUGUGCGGACUGUGGGAAGGCUUUUAGAGUACGCCAACAGCUUACUUUCCAUCAGAGAAUCCAUACUGGUGAGAAACCCUAUGAAUGUAAAGAAUGUGGAAAAACCUUUAGACAGUGUGCCCACCUUAGUCGACAUCAAAGAAUUCAUACAUCUGACAAACUUUAUGAGUGUAAAAAAUGUGGAAAGAUUUUUACGUGUAGCUCAGACCUUCGCGUACAUCAAAGAAUUCAUGUUGGUGAGAAGCCAUAUGUAUGUAAAGAGUGUGGGAAGGCCUUUAGAGUACGAGGACAACUUAAUCUCCACCAAAGGAUUCACACUGGUGAGAAACCCUAUGAGUGUAAGGAGUGUGGCAAGACCUUUAGACAGUAUGCACACCUGACUCGACAUCAGAGACUUAACAUUGCUGAGAAGUGCUAUGAGUGUAAAGAAUGUGGUCAGGCCUUCCUGUGUAGUACAGGCCUUCGAGUCCAUCACAAACUUCACACUGGCGAGAAACCCUAUGACUGUAAGGAGUGUGGAAAGGCCUUUAGAGUGCGGCAGCAGCUUACUCUCCAUCAGAGAAUCCAUACUGGUGAGAAGCCCUAUGAUUGUAAGGAAUGUGGGAAGACCUUUAGUCGUGGCUAUCAUCUAACUCUCCACCAGCGAAUCCACACAGGUGAGAAGCCGUACGAGUGUAAGGAAUGUCAGAAGUUCUUUCGUCGUUACUCAGAACUUAUUUCUCAUCAAGGUAUUCAUAUUGGAGAGAAACCUUAUGACUGUAAGGAAUGUGGGAAGGCCUUUAGGCUGUUCUCACAACUUACUCAACAUCAGAGCAUUCAUUUUGGUGAGAAACCCUAUAAAUGUAAAGAAUGUGAGAAGACUUUUAGACUGCUCUCACAGCUUACUCAGCAUCAGAGCAUUCAUACUGGUGAGAAACCUUAUGACUGUAAAGAAUGUGGAAAAGCCUUUAGACUUCAUUCAUCUCUUAUUCAACAUCAGAGGAUUCAUUCUGGCGAGAAGCCAUAUAAAUGUAAGGAGUGUAAGAAGGCAUUUAGACAGCAUUCACACCUUACUUACCAUCAGCGAAUUCAUAAUCAAAUUCAUACUGGUAAGAAACCUUAUGAGUGUAAAGAAUGUGGCAAGGCCUUUGGUAGUGGUGCAAACCUUGCAUACCAUCAGAGAAUUCACACUGGUGAGAAACCUUAUGAAUGUAAGGAAUGUGGAAAAGCCUUUGGUAGUGGCUCAAACCUUACUCACCACCAGAGAAUUCAUACUGGUGAGAAACCAUAUGAAUGUAAGGAAUGUGGGAAAGCCUUUAGUUUUGGAUCAGGCCUUAUUCGACAUCAGAUAAUUCAUAGUGGUGAAAAGCCUUAUGAGUGUAAGGAAUGUGGGAAGUCCUUUAGUUUCGAAUCAGCUCUUACUCGGCAUCACAGAAUUCACACAGGUGAGAAACCUUAUGAGUGUAAAGAUUGUGGGAAAGCUUUUGGCAGUGGUUCAAAUCUUAUUCAACAUCAGAGGGUUCAUACUGGUGAGAAACCUUAUGAAUGUAAAGCAUGCGGAAUGGCAUUUAGCAGUGGUUCAGCCCUUAAUCGGCAUCAGAGAAUUCAUACGGGUGAGAAACCAUAUAUAUGUAUUGAAUGUGGAAAGCCCUUUAGUUUUGGAUCAGCCCUUACUCGACAUCAAAGAAUUCACACUGGUGAGAAACCUUAUAUUUGUAAGGAAUGUGGGAAAGCUUUUAAUAGUGGCUCAGAUCUCACUCAACAUCAGAGAAUUCACACUGGUGAGAAACCCUAUGAGUGUAAGGAAUGUAAGAAAGCCUUUAGAAGUGGUUCAAAACUUAUUCAGCAUCAAAGAAUGCACACUGGGGAGAGACCCUAUGAAUGUAAGGAAUGUGGCAAGGCCUUUAGUAGUGGCUCAGAUCUUACUCAACAUCACCGAAUUCAUACUGGUGAGAAACCAUAUGAAUGUAGAGAAUGUGGGAAGGCCUUUGCUAGUGGCUCAAAACUUAUUCAACACCAGCUAAUUCAUUCUGGUGAAAAACCCUAUGAAUGUAAAGAAUGUAGAAAGUCCUUUAGUAGUAGUUCUGCUCUUAAUAGACACCAGAGAAUACAUGGUAAGAAAACUUAUGAAUGUAAGGAAUAUGGGAAAGCUUUUCUUAGUGACUAGAAUGUUAUUCAACAUCAACAUCAGAGAUAUCACACUGGUAAGAAACCUUAUCAAUAUAAGGAAUAUGGGAAGCUUUUGGGAGAGUUGAGAUUUUCAGCAACAUAAGAAGAGCCACACAAGUGAGAAGUUUGAUGAACUAGAAAUUCUGUGAAGUGAAAUUAAGUGAUAAAAGGACUUUCAACACAUGACACAAGAAAAUUCAUAGUGGUGAAAAUCUUUACAAAUAUAAUUAAGGCACACAUGCCUUGUGCUUCACAGGAUAGUUAGCCUAAGAGAAUUAAUACAGGAAAAAAGUACCCUGAAUAAAAUAUAUAUUGGAAGAUCUUUAUAUUCAUUUCCUUCUCAGGAAGUUCAAAAUAAAUGUGAAAAUGGAAAAAAGUUUAUUGUAUUUUACCUUAUUUUAAGCAUUGAAAAAAUAAUUUUUUGGCUAAACUUACGACUUUCAUUUUAAAAAAUGUCUUUUUUAUGUGUAUUUUUUGAGACAGGGUCUCACUGUGUAGUCCUGGCCUUGAACUUGCAAUGCUGCCCGGGCUGGCUUUGAGCUCCCCUCCUCCUGCAUCAGCUCCCCAAUAUGUAUUAUACAGAAGUAAAAUCCAUCUUAAAGUGAUUUUAUUUAUUGAAAGUCUAAAUGUAUCUUUUUCCCCUCUCUCAAUUCUCUUCCUAACACCAUUUAUUAAAUAACUAUUUUCAUGUUGUUUUUAUUGACUAUUUGAUGUUAUAUUUUUAUUUAUAUAAAUCUUGGAUGGCAGGUCAGUGUUUGUUUUUUUAAAAUUUUGUGUAUAUGUAUUUGUGUCUCACUCUGCUUAUGUUAGGUAACUAUUACCUUUAAGUAUCUUUUAAUAUCUGAUGUAUCUGUACCUUUUAUUUUGAAUGAUUUUUAUUUUCUUUUAAUAAAAAUUAUACUCCUGAUUUUUGAAAAACUUUUCCCCAUGAAAAUGUAGAGAAGAACAACAAAAAGAUAUGGUUAUCUGUAAUCUUACUAAUCAUAGAUAAGCACUGUCAAUCUUGGAGCAAACCCUGUUUUUUAAGCAAAAGAUGAUUAUGUUAUCAUAUAACCAGCCUUUAAUAUUCCUUACCUGUAACUAUAUUGUCACUACUUUAUUUUCUUUAUUAUUUACCUGUAUUUAUCCCAAUGCUAUUUUGUCAAAUAUUGAAAUUUUUGCCAUUAUAAACAGUUACCUUAAAUGUCCCCUUUGAAUGUGUUUGCAUUAUUUAUUUGUCUUUCCUUUCAGAGAAUAUGUGACUCUCUUCUGCUUGUAAAAGAUUUAUACAUUACAGAUCAAGCUGUGCUUCCCUGUUACUGUUCCUGACUUCAGUUCUUCCUCAGUGUUAAUUGACUUAAUCUUCCAGAUUCUUUUAUAUGAGUAUAUGAUAUACAUAUCGUUAUGUGGGCAUGGUUAGAGUACUUCAGAGCAUUGUUAUGUGAAUUCUGUAAUUGUGCCUAAUACAUAAUAAACACUUGGUUAAGACAACCCAU